AUGCCGGAGGCAAACGAAAGAGGGAUAGAAGAAGAGAAAAGGCGAAAGAAAUAUGGUAAAGCUACCAAGAUUGGAGUGAAGAUGACAUGCUCGACUUGCAAACAACAUCAUAAUAAGAAAGGGUGCAAAACAAGGAAUCAGAGUGGUGUUUCAAGAGAUAUGGGACAAUCUUCCACUAGUUCUGCACAACAUAAUGGUACAAAAGCAAGUGCAACUACUCCUAUUGUUCCUAUGGCCAGUAAUCCAUCUUCUAUUUGUGAAGAUACAUCUAGAGUUCAAAAAAGUCAAUCCAAAUCAGGUGCAUUUGGAGGGAGAGGGAAAGGGAGAGGGAGGGGGAGAGGGAGAGGGAGAGGUGGUGGGAUUCCUACUAGUGAUUCAGGACUUGGAGUUGAGGGAGGUAGAGGAAGAAGUGGUGUUGGUGCUAAUUCUAGUGCCCAACUAGUGCCGCGACUUCAUCACGAUAUGAUUGCUUUACAAGACCAAGGGUGCGGGGAUAUGGAUAUACACUAUUUUGAGAUGUUGAUUCUAAUUUGA